AUGGUGGUGAUCUCGCAGUGUCAAACACCCGGUUCUAAAUUGGUUUCUUGGCUGCACGAAAACUAUCUUGACUUCAUACCUAGUGGCCUAUGUGGGCGUCAAUUCACCCCGGGCCUCGUUUUCGCUUCCGAUCGGAUUAGCUGGGCUGACGCCCAUCUAACUGGUGGUGCUGCUUGGCGCCUUGGCCUGAGCCCAGCCUCACCAGUCUUUGGGCAGACAUCGGGGACUGCAUGUCCCAUUCGUGCGAAUCAAUCUCUCAAAACGGAGAUUCUGGGAGACCCCAGUCAAAUUGAAACAUUGCAGGACAGAUGGUCUCUUGGCUCUGAUAAGAAUAAGGACGCAGUUGAAUACUAUUUAGCCAGCGUUGUGACUAGGAGUCUUCUCUUAGCUCCGGGGAUGCUGAACUUUUCAGCUCAACAAGUACGCAUAGCCAACUUAUACUUUUUAUGA